CUUGACGCAAUAGAAUAUGAAACAUUUCAUGAUUACAUUGAAUUUAAAGAAAAAGAGUAUUGCUUGAUUUCCCCAGAACGAAUUUUCCAAUCUUUCUUGAAAAGAAGCGGGUUCCUAGAUUUUUUUAUGAAGUGUGCGACAUCCUCUAACCUUGGUAUCUUUUGUCGGUCUCCUGGAUACAGAAAGAGUGAAGGUGAAAUAUGCUGCAAUCUCAGCCCAGAUCAAUUUAAAAAUCUUGUGCAACGACUUAAGUUCGACAUUCUCUCUAACAAUUCUAUCACAGACGAAACUUGUCAUCAUAUUAUUGAAGAGAAAUUGAACAUUCCGAAAGGCAUUCUGAGUUUAGGAAAAGAGGGUAUACAAAAUUAUCUUCGUGAUCUCAGAAGUGGUGAACAUAAAGUCUUUGUUGCCAGAGGGAUGCUGGUUGGGUGUGAGGGGGCAGGAAAGACAAGUCUUCUUCUCCGGCUGCAAGGAAAAGAUAAUCCAGAUCCCCAGUCAACAAGAGGAUUAGAUGUCCACGUCAACAUGUUGACAGUAAACGAGGAUAGACUUGAUGUCACAGCCAACCAAAAUAAACCAAGUCUUCUAUCCAACUUAAACACUGAAGAAGAUCCAAGUACAAAUCAAGCAGAACAAGGCCAUGGAGAUCAGACCUCAACAAAAACAAGAUUUGAGGGCUCUGUUAGAGAAAAAAGAAUUGAGAAAUCUGCGUCUUUCAUUGAAACCCCUUUAAACAUACAAGAAAAUAAUGAGCAGGUUUCAGAAGUUGCUGAAAAUAGCAAAACCAAAGAGAAUGAAAAUGUAAUACCUGAUGGGACAGUUUCGGGAAAUAAAGGGUCAACCACUACUGAACCAAGUAAAGUAAACGAUGAGGACGUUGAAACAAUCGAUUUCGGCCCCCUGUCGACUGAUGAUGCAAAUAUCUCCCCUGAAACUGACAUGACAUUUCAGAUAUUGUCCGAGUCUUUUACGGACAACGAUAGAAAAAUAAUAACAUUUUUUGACUUUGCUGGGCAAUUUGCAUAUUAUGCCUGUCAUCACAUAUACUUUUCCCCGAAUGAUUUUUACAUCUUAGUAAUGGAUAUCACAAAGAAAUUUGACCACAUGGUGUACAAAGACAGAGCUCAACAAACAGCUAUAAACAAAGAUGCCAAAACUGAAGAAGAAAUUAAUAAAAUGGAAAGAUCAGUAUAUAGUGGUUGGACAUACUUAGAGUUUACAGAAUACUGGCUACAAUCUAUUCUGUCUCAUACCGUUGGACUGACACCAAAUGAAAAGAUAGAGAAUAGUGAUGGUAUGGAUAGAGCUCCUCUGAUUCUUGUGGCAACUCACGCGGAAGGAAUAUCUAGAAAGGAAGGUGAAGCCUACUUUCGAGAUCUUCGUGACAGAUUACCGAAGUUAAGUGCCCAUGUUGAUUAUGGAAAAGCGUUCAGUACUGGUUUUGAUGACGAUCUUCAAGAAAUCAAGAACUGCAUAUUGAACAUAGUCCAGACGCUUCCAAACUGGGGAAAAAUAUUCCUAUGUCUUGGUUCUGCAUUGAAUGCCAGAUAAGAAAGCUGAAAAAAUUGAAAAUUAUAACUUUGGAGGCACUCUUGGAAAACUGUUUAACAAAUAAUACUGGAAUACAGAAUCAAAAUGAUCUCAAAACACCGCUUAGAUUUCUCAGUAACAUUGGGGUUGUUUUAUAUUUUGACGAAGAAUUCCUUAAACAGGUUAUUAUUUUAGAUGUCCAGUGGUUCGUUGAUGCUUUUAAACAUGUAAUCACGGAUGCGGAACAUGCAAAAUUGGAUGUCGACCAAAAAUUGUAUGAAGAGUGGAAAUCAUUCAAUGAAACGGGUCUAUUGACUGGUUGCCUUUUGCAUUCGAUAUGGAAACGCUGUCCAGAAGGUGCUUUGUACAUUUCAAAGAAAAGAGAAAUACUUUCUUACAUGGUGAGACUAAACCUCUUGACGGUUGUAUCAAAGGAUACGUGGUAUUGUCCUUGUAUGAACAAGCAAAUAUUUCCAACAAAAGAGUUUGAGCACUUAGAAAACUCAUCACUUUUGUGUUUCCAGUUCAGUUAUCUUCCCAAAGAUAUGUUUCAUCGCGUUAUUGCUGCUUGCUGUAAUCAGCUGAAAUGGACAAUUUUCAAAAUGGAAUAUCUUUGCAUAUACCAGAUGGCAACCCUUUUUGACGUAAAUGGAAGUAAGGUGUUGGUUGGAAUGUAUAGUAACAACAAAAUUGUGGUUCAGUUCCUUGACAUUUCUCAGUCAAAAAUGGUUGAUAAUUUAGGCGUGCGUGGACAAAUUACCAAAGUUAUUGACAUGUCAGCAGAAAGGUUAAAAAAUUGCACGUAUGAAGUAGGCUAUAUGUGUCGAAAGAACGUGUUUGGAAAGGAAAAUGUCCCAAUUUCGCAUUUCAUAGAAGAAUCUAAGAUGAUUGGAGAGAACAUAAAUUGUCCUAAAUGUGGAUUCCAGAGAAAAGUCAUAGUUGAUGAAAUCAUCUGGAAGGAGUCAUUGAAGAAUAGGAGGCAAGACAGUGGAAGCAGGGAACUUAUUCACAGCUCAGCUUUGACUGUCGAAGAGAUUGCAUCCGUGAAUGUUAUUGGGAUUGACAAUAUACCCCACAUUGGCAGUGUAGUUUCUGGGAAUAUCUGGCUAAGUGAUAAAGAAAAUAUCCUAAAAAUCAACAUGUCUGGGAUUACUCAAAAAAAAAUUCCAUACCACGGAAGAUGGAGUGGUGGGCAUACCUUAACAUGUACUGGAGAUCUUAUGUAUAUAGAUGGUAGUGAAAUUCGACAACUGUGUCCAAAUGACGAGAAUAUUGUUUUUACGACACUGGAAUACGCAGGAUGGUGUAUUCAUUCUUCAAAAAUUAAUGGGGAUGUACUUGUUGGAGUUCAGAGAAUUGCAAAAGGAUUCGAAAAUGGAAUGAUAAUAAGGUAUAACAAAUCCGGUGAAAAAUUGGCAGAAAUUGAGAAACAUGCUAACGGCGGCACGUUAUUUCUUUGCCCAAGAUACAUAUGCGAAAACAUAAGCGGGGAAAUCUGUGUGACAGAUGACAUAAAAAAUAUUGUUAUCGUUGUUUCAAAAAAUGGUGAGACCAAAUUUAUAUACUACGGACAAAAGUCAGAACAUUACUUUCGUCCUCGUGGUCUUUGCACAAAUCCUAACGGAAAUUUACUUGUCUGCAAUGCAUCUUCCUGGAACUCGAAUGUGCAAAUAUUGGAUCAAGACGGUCAUCUUCUAUGCUUUUUCCAGCUUGGUUUAAAAGACCCAAUGAGUAUUUGUAUGGAUGAAAAUAACAAGAUUUACAUAGGGCAAAUUCGUAGUAGCACUAUCAAAGUCUUUAAAUUAUUAUACUUAUGAUAUAGGACGAAUCAGGGUACUCUCUGUGCCGUUAUUCCCGUCAUGCAGUCUACAGAGAAGAUACAGGGUCAAUUAAAUUGGCAAUUUUUGACAGUGUCUGUGCUAUGAAGCCAAUGAAAAUUGGAUUUGGUUAUAAUGAUACUACUUUAUUUUUUAUUCAGUAGAUAUGUAUAUUUCAAUCUCUGUCCUCAGUGACAUUCUUGUAUAUUGCAAAUACAAGCUUAAAAUUUCAAAUGAAUAUUAAUUGUGUUAAUUGUUGCUUUUUUAAAAAAAAAGUUUUCAUGUCUACAAGAAAACAAUAGCACGAUGCUCAAACUUACAUGUAUAGGAAGGGUAUUUUUUUAUAGAUACAGACCUAAAUUUAUUUUUUAUACAAUUAAUUUAUGUUGUAUUGAAUCUAAAUGACAAAUGAUAUGCAGACAUUUAUGUAGUAUAUCUGGGCUCGUGCAAUAUUAGUUACAUAAUUUCACAUAGAGUAUAUAUACUUUCAUGAAUAUUAUAAAACAUAGUGUAAGGCCAUCUUUAAAAUAUUGUUUGGCUGCCUUCUCCCGACCGAAUGACGAAAUAUAAUUUUAUUCCGUCAAAAUAUAUCUUCAAAUUUUCCGGAAAAUAUGUUGUACCUAUCUACCGACCCAAUAAAGUUACGCUCAGUCGGCAGAGGGGAAGGAAACAAAAUUUUAAAGCUGGCCAUCAAGGCUACUUUGAAAGUUAAUAUACGAAAUCCAGGUAUGUUCUUUAAUUUGAAAAGUAUGCCGUUUACAUGUUAUCACUUGGACAAAUCAACAUAUAAAACAAAUGACAUUCAAAUCUAUAUUAGUUUAAUCUGUAUUUUUGUAAAAGUAUUUAUUGUCAUGGAGCCAUUUUGGAGACUGCAUGUUUUUGUAUACCCACCUAAUUGAUGGUUUUUUUUUCACAUAUUUAUACUUUUGUUUAGUUUCUUAAACAACAUACAACCAAUCAAUUAAUCUUAAGAGACUUUCACAAAGUUACCAGAAUUGCAGUAUAUAUAAUUUUCUUACAUGAUCAAAGCCAAGCUUUAAGUGCUCAGAUACAUGUGUGUAUGUUAUAUAGAUAUAUAGGUUUAUGCAUGAAAAUUAAGAUUUUUGUAUUUAUUGAACGAUUUCAAUGAGAUUUUUUAACCAAUUCUUCACUAUUAGUCUUUUGCCUUUUUGGGCGGUAGGGGGGUGUCAGCGGAUGCAAUUUAUUAAUUUCUUUCAUUUUGUCCUUUUUAUUUAAAAAAAUACAGAUUGAAAUUUAUUCUUAAGCGAAAACGUAUUUUAAAAUAAGACAACAUUUCUUAAUCCUGCAUCGCUCCUUGAAUCCCGUAUUGCUUAUUUUGUGUACUGCCACGUGCUUAAUAAUUCAUCUCAACAUUUGCGAACUCCCAUUCUCGGACUUCUCAGAGAUUACUUGUUAAUCAUUAUACACCCCGUGUUCAGGAGAAAUAUUAAUCAGAUUAGUGACUUGUACACUGUUGUAAAAUUAGAUAAUUGUUUCUCUAAAAACCUUCCGCGGUGAAAUUUGUUCUUCAAGUUUUAUUUUAAAAUCAAGAAAUAUAUACAUAACAUAAGUUAAUUGUCUUACUUCAUAACGCUUUAUGAAUAGCUCUUUAUUUUGUGAUUUAUUAUAUUUUUUUAAUCGAAUUUCACUUUUGCUUUGCUAUUUUAGAAAUUAUUUUUUCACUUAUACUGAUUAAGCCGGCUGUGAUACAUUUUCGUACGUAGUAUGUCUUCUUUAUUGUUUAAAAUGAUUAUAGAGAAUAUCAAUUAUAAUGAAAUUAAUAGCUUUGAAUUUUGUAUUGAAGGUGAAUUUCCCCAAAAUUUUUAAUAAUACAUAUUGUCAAUAGCUUUUGGGAAAAAACACUUGAUCAUUGCUUUAUGGAACUGCUUCUUUUAAUCUUCAUAUUCAAUAGAAGUGUUUAAAAUCAAGCAAGCCUUUUCUAAAAGGGUCCUCACUGUAAUCUAUGUUUGAAAUAACACGAAAAGGCAAUUGAAAAUUUUGUUUUUUUUUUGUUUUUUUUUGGCAGACGACUAACCUUAACCAUUUUUUAUGUCUUCAGUCUUCUUCUGACAGCUGGUAAUGCAAAUUGUUUACAAUGACGCAUUAAACUUUAAUUUGAAUUCUCUAUAUGUACAUUGGUAUUGUUUCAUGCAUAAUUGAAUUUGUAAACUUG